GGUGUCGAUAUUAUUUUUAUCUUCAAGAAAUCGAAAAUGUAGUUUUGUUUAAUUUUUGUUGAUCAUUUAAAACUCAAUUUUGAAUAACGCCCGCUGAAUAAAUUUCAAACAUUAAUUUAUGUAACAUGAUUUUUCCAACUACAAUACAAAGUGGAUAAGUUACAAAACAAUUGAUUAUUGUCACCUUGGUACCUAUGUUUGUAAAUUUUAAGACGUAGAUACUAGGUAAUUUUCUAGUUUCUAUUGUACAUAGUUAAUUAUUAAUAACUAGCACUCUUCAGUCGUCCGUGUAACUACAAAACGAAAUUUUCUUUAAUAGGGUCUGUCUCUAUUUGAAGAGAAAAACUUACAUCAUUUUUGUAUAUAUUAUUACCGAUUUUAAUUACUACCUACAUUUUCCCAAUAAUUGGUCCUCGGGUACUACCUCCUAGUAAUUUGAUUAAAGUCAUACUAUGUGUCAUCAUUCAUUAUAAAUUUUAAUACCUAUGAUUGUUAUAUUGUAACAAGUAACAACCGUCUUGUUUUUGAUAAAUUUAUGUUGAAGCUGUAGAACUGACAGUAUACAAGUCAUUAAAUUGAAUGAUACAGUUAUUUCAUGAUGUAAGUGUAAAUAUAUCAAAUAAAAAUAUUUGGAAUAUUAAGGAAUGAAUGUAGUAUUUUAAAUCACAAACCAAUGAUAAAUCAAAAUUACUGAAUCAUAAUAAGACAUAUCUGAUGAUAAAUUAAGAAACAAAAUGGAUAUCAAGGAGGAGAACGAUGAUACUUUGAUACAUAUAAAAAUUGAAAGCGAAGAAUUUCUACCGAACAUUGAUCAUAAUAAUCCAUUCAAAGAUAUUCAGUUGGAAGUUAAAUGUGAAAUUGCAUUAGAUAAACCAGAGAUUAAAAACAAUAAGGUACAGCUUACAAUUGAGACAGAAAACAAUGAUAAUAUUAAGGAAGAAAAUGAAGAUUCAUCAGAAAUGGAUGAGAGCAGUAUUGAGAGUACAGAUAUAACAGCACUUGGAAAUGUUGAGGCUUGUUUAGAUGAUACAAAGGAUUAUUAUGAGAAUGAAAAAGAAAUCUUGCCGAAUAUAAUUAAAGAAGAACCUGAUUUAACUGUUACAGAAACACAUUUGAUUUCAAACAAACUCUUAAAUACAACAUCUACGAUGGCGAGUGUAAGUGACAAUAUUAUUGAAUCUCAGACGACAAAUACUUUAGUAAUGGGAAUUCAUCCAUUGUUAAAAACCAGCAAAAUUCAAAUAGGGAAUCCUGAAGAAAUACUACCAACUUCGAAUGAUCAUGAUGAUAUGGACUACAGUGAUACAUUUCAAUUAAAUUCUAUCACUGGUAAUGUUUUAUCCUUAGAACAAGAGGCCUAUAGCUUACUUAAAGCGAAGAAACAGAUCGACGCUCGGCUAGACAGACCUUGUAUUUGUCCGAAGUGUCCUAAAACAUACAAAACCCCAUCCUGUCUUAGGAAACAUAUGAAAGUCCACAAAGCUGUUGAAAAUCAUGAAAUGGGAAUAAUAAAAAGACUUAAAACAUAUGAGCAAAACAAAUCUAAGAAGCAAGAGGAAGGUCGUGUGGAAAGUUACGAUGAAAAACUUGAUAAUAUUAUUGAGGAUGCGAAAAAGAGAAAGAAUGAGAAGAGGCAGGAGCGACUAAAUAAAAGGCAUAAGAAAAUUAUGGAAGCUGAAAAACAACUUUCUACGAAUCCAGUCAAAAAGAAAAGUAAGGAAAAGAAAGUUAAGAUGAAAGAGUGUGCCGUGCAGCCUAACAUAGAAGCUGAAGUUAAAAUAGAGUUAAAACGUGAAGGAUAUGAAUGUACGUGUGGACAAAUUUUCAGGCGAAGGAGUAGAAUGGAAACAUGCUUGCGUUCACAUAGCAUGGACAUAGAUGCAUCAUCCUACUAUUCUUGUGCAUCGUGCCCAAAACACUUUAAGGAUAAGGAAGAACUUUUAUUACAUAGGAAGCGAAUUCACCGCAAAAGAUUUCCAUGUAAGUUUUGUCCGACAGACUACAACACACGAAAGGAAUUAUUUAAGCAUUUACGGAUACAUCAGAAAGUUCAAUUAAUGGAAUAUAAAGUUAUAUCUGAAGUUAUGGAAGGGAAACAGAAGUUGUGUUGUUUUAUGUGCGAUAAAAAGUUUUCGGAUUUGUCUGACCUCAAAAGCCACGUUUUGGACGAUCAUAAAGAGCCAUAUAAAUGUCGAAAGUGUGAUGAAUCCUUCCCGAAAAUAAUCGACUUCGGUCAUCACACAAAAACACAUCACCCUGAAAUGGAAGGACAGUCAGUACUAGAUAUUUUGGAGGCGUUUUCUAAACUAGUCCGAGCUUGGAAAUGUGAAGAAUGUGAUAUGCAAUUUCAUGAAGCAGACAAGCUUGCCAAACAUCAGAUUGAACAGCACAGUCCUGAUUUGAAAUCUGGAUCACAAUUUCAAUGUGACGAUUGCCGAAGAGUUUUCAUAACCCAAAAAGGAUUAACUUCCCACCGUAGAAUCCAUCACAACACUAGUUGCGUUGAAGAAGCUGAAACUAUAGAAGGAGUGUUGUGUGUAGAAUGUAGGAAAAUAUGUAAAGACAAUGCAGCACUAACCUCUCAUAUGCGAUUCCAUUCUUUAGAUCGUAAGUAUCCAUGCAAAUUUUGUGAUUUUCGUUUUGCAACUCCUGAGAAACGGAAAGCACAUUCAGAACUUCACACUGGGGAUAUGAGAUAUGUCUGCUUUAUCUGUGAAUACCAGUGUACGUCGGAGAAUAGAUUGAACCUACAUAAAAUGUCUAUAAAACACUUGAAUAUGAAAGAGUUUUUAUUGAGUAAGGCAGCUAAACAGAGAAGUGGGGAAGAAAUAGAGAAGGUAGAAGAAGGCGGGCCUUCUGAUGAAGAUGCGAUGUGUGACAUUUGCGGUGAAAAGUACGCGAAUGAGAGGCAAAUGCUGACUCAUAAAGAGAGCCAUCCGUUCAUUGAGUUUCCUAACGAGGAUACGCCUUCGAGAAUAUUCUUCAAAUAAUCAAUCACCUUUGCCUUAGCGUAUACAGUAUUAAAUACUGGAAACAUAUUAUAAUAAGUAACUGUAGUGGAUAAAUGUGUUGUUUACUAGUUAUUUUUAUGUAAGUCGAGAAUUUGAUAAAUUAUUAUUUCUCUAAAUAAAUAUUAUGGAUAUGUUGAGUCAUA